GCGGAGGUUCAACGCUCGGGUUGACUUCUGAGUCAGCAAAUUUUCUGGACGGAGGGGAGGUGUUGCAAUGGAAGCAGCUUAUGCAGCUGCAGGAGGUUCGGGUUCGCCGUCGCCGACCGCGUCGACGCGACGCUUCUCCCUGACGUCGCCUUCGCGCCGCCGCUGCGUGUUGCCCUGCCCGUCACCCCGUCUGUCGUGCUCGUCGUUUAGACUUGUCUCAGAUUCCAACAGGUUCAAGUCUGUCCAGAUCAAAGCUUCUUCUGAAGAUACAUCUAGUCCUGUUGAAGUUGGAGAGAUGUUUGCUGACUUGAAGGAGAAGUGGGAUGCUAUUGAAGACAAAUCCACAGUCUUCCUAUAUGGUGGUGGAGCAAUAGUUGCUGUUUGGCUGUCAUCCAUUGUAGUUGAGGCUAUCAACUCGGUCCCUUUGCUGCCAAAGGUCAUGGAGUUGGUAGGUCUUGGAUAUACAGGAUGGUUUGUCUACAGAUAUUUGCUCUUUAAGUCAAGCAGAAAGGAAUUGGCCAGUGAUAUUGAAGCGUUGAAGAAAAAGAUUGCUGGAAGUAUAUAAAGCUGCAGAAGGAUGGGAAGUUGUAUUUCUUAAUUCUGGUAAUUAACUAAAGUUUAGUUCUAUUGUAAUGAUUGUUUUUGGGUAGUCAGUGUCAUGGUCCUAUCUAAUUCUGUCAUUUUCUUCUUAAAUUCACAUGGACCCAACCUCUGUUUGUACUUUGUAGUGCAGUAUACUCUAUGCUAAUGUAAUACCCAAAACUUUGGGGUGAAAUGAAAAUAACCCUUGAUUACCA